AUAGUGCAGCCUGCGCGCUCGCCGCCAACCCGCAACCUCGUGCACGAGCCAGUGCUGGCGGUAGUACUCAUACACGGUACUUAUCUCUUAGUUAACAAACUUAGUCAUUUGUGCAUUUUUUGCUUACCUAUUUUAAUAGAAUAUUAAUUAUUUUAAAAUUAAAUGAAAUAAGUGAUUUUUUAAAAUACUAAAUACUAAGGUGAAGUUUCAGGAAUACAGCUACUAUAUGAAGUGAAGGAUUUUAUUAGUUACUAUUCAAAAAUCUAUAGUAACUGGGUACCUACAUAUAUUGGCUGUAUCGUCAUCAUCAGCGUCUGUUACUGGACAUACUUGUCGAGAGUGCGCCAGCACAUCUUGGAUAAAUCCAGGUGACCAACAGUGAAGAUGGGAAGACGUUAUAAGUAUCAAGUCUUGGCCGCAUUCAUAACAGUAGCAGUUGUCGCGCACCUAGUCGCUGCACAACCUCCACUAGCAGAUGAAUCCAUAGGGAAAGAUAAAGCGAUAAGGCAAUCUUUAAUAAGGGCAGGAAAAAAUGUGGCGACAAAACCUAAGUGGGGCUUUUUCGGUACGAUAUUCAAUCUUAUUCUUGAGCAAAUUAACGACACAAAAAGUGCAUAUAAUCAAGUUUCGGAUUUGGUGACCAAUCAAUUUGUUGAUGACAAUGCUGUAACUGUAAUGCCAGAUACUUCAACUAAUGGAACAACGGAAACGCCUAAAAUCACAAGAUCGGAAUUUCUUAGAAUCCUUGAUCGAAAUCUAAAGGGCUUGGCACGUCUGCGUAAUUUAGAAUGGCGCGAAGCAAGAAAGGACUCUUGGUCAAAUAUUCAAGGAUACUGGAACGAGGUUUUUGCAGGGAAGAAAUCAAGAAGAAGAUGAUAAGGAUUUCAAGAUUAUUAAGUCUAACUCCUUUCUUUAAAUACUUACAUUACAAAGUUAUUUAAUUAUAGAUACAAGGCUAUUUUUUUACAAC